UGGUCGCACUGCGUCAAUCGGGUGUGCGAUGUUGUCGUCUGUCGAUAUACGGAUGAAUCGUAUGGGGCGCACGUCGAAAUUAGUGGUUAUGAGACGCGAAGGUCGGCUAACUUUUUUUUAAGGAGCGAGGCAGCCACUUCUAUUUAAUUCGCGUCGAUUGUCGUGACGGUGGUAGGGUCGACGAGGGGAGAUUCGUUGUGUCGCCUUUUAACGAUUCGGAACGGGGAAACACGUGGGGAUCAUGCGGUCGAACCUUCUCGCGAUUUGUUUUGCUGGAACAAUCGGUGUGUUGUAGGCCAGUAAAAACGUGAAUACGGGAGAAAUAUUUGCGUCGACGUUUUAGAUUCUAAAAUUUAGAAUAAUCAUGGAGACCGUUAAACAUUUGUGGAAUGUCAAUCAGUUCAUGACGAGGCUGAAGAGUAUACCGUUGAUCAUGGACUUACAGUUACAUUACAUGCAAAAAUGUAAAAAUCUCAGCAACAUUGUGCAGCUGCCACAGCAGAAUUUUGGACCAUUGGUAACAUGUUCACAUUGCGGAUCACUUUGGAAUACGAUGGAUCACCAAGUUCGGAUAUCGAGUGGCAAAAAAAUAUCUAAAUCGGUGAAAAAGAUCAUGCGGUACGUGAAUGAAAAUCCAGGUCAAAGGAUUCCAAAGGUUCGUGCGACUUUGGUGCAGAAAUCUAUGAAAAAUGAGAUGAACAGGUUGGUCAUUACAUGUUCUGUCUGCUCCAAGAACACCAAAUUACCGUUCAGGAAGAAAGCCCGCUUGAAGUCAGUUGAGUUGAAUAUUUCACAGACAGAGACACCACAAAGUAAUCGAAGUAAAAAGAAAAAGAAGAAACACAAAGAUAAAACUGCUGGUUUAAAUAUCUCGGGUUGUACACCUGUAUCGCAAUUGAACAAGAGGGACAAUAGUAAAACGCCUAUAAUGUCAUCUGUAGUCAUGCCUAAAAUAAUAUCAAGUAACAAGAAGUUAUCUACUUCUCCUAAAAAACCCAAGAAAUUGAAUAUAAAGCGUUUAAAACGUAUCAUGGAGAACAAGACGGCAACACCUACAACAAGAAAAAACUUGCACAGUUUUCUAUCCGAACUAUAUUGAAAAAAACGUUAAUAUUUAUAUAUUGCAAUAUGUAUAUAUUGUAAAUAUUUUUGGAUAUUUAAUACAUAAUAUUUUUUAACAAAUAAUUUAAAAUAAAUGUCCUAACUCAAUUGUUAGAUAUAUAAUUAAAAUUUCAAAUUUAGAGCAAUGUCUUAUCUCUAAGAUAUUAAUAGAUAAAAAUAUAAAGGUGAAUGUAUGGAUCGAUACAUUCGUUCAUAAAA